AUGCCACGGACUUUGCCGUGGAUAACUAGCGACAGUGGAAAUGGAGGAACGAGAGACGCCAAACGAGCGAUAAAGCUGCAACCAGAUUCCGACUCCGACUUGGAUCGCACGCCAAAAGCCACUAAAAGGGCUGCUAAGAAGGAUAUCUUUCGGUCUUCCCAUCCGACAAUGUCCAUCCGAAGAGUGAGCAGCAAUGACCAGAACCCGUUUACGACGAUCCUUUCUAAUAGUGACAACAGAUACCUAAUCGAAGGCUUCGACAACGACGACCUCUACAUGAUGGUCGAAGACGAAUUCUACGCCGUCGCGCAAUCCUUCACCAAACACCUCCACUUCGCAGAAUACGUCCGACAAGCCAAAGAAGCCAAAUCGCAGAACGCAUCUAGAAUCCAGGACCUCGCGCGCCCCACGGACGGAGUCACCCCGAUGAGCGAAGAAACAAAGAAGAAGAAAGGGGCAGAAAGCCUAGCUGAGAGACAGAAGAAGGGUCUGGGGAUGUUGGAGAAUAAUGAGAGGUCGCGGGAGGGUAAAGAGGAGGAUGACGAUGAUGUGUUUCAGGAUGGUUCUUGGGCGGGGACUUCGUUGUAUGAUCUUAUGAUGAGUCCGAGGAGGUCACGGACUUUGGUGGGCGCGCAGAGGAUUAAGUCGUCUACGAGGGCGGCUGCUGGGUUUGUGCAGUCGUCGCAGAACUCGAGUGCUGGCGGGAUAGCUGUUCCUGGCCUGUCAUCGUCGCCGCUGGGUCGCACGGAACAGGAGCUUCGGGGUUCUAUUCAAGAAACGGCGUCUGAAGAUGACGAUCUGGAAGUACAACCGACUACGGCAUUCAAGCGAAGAAUCGAGGAUAUCAGAACACCAAAGACCGGGAAAUCAGAGGAAUCCAUUACACCAACACCAGCACGUUCUAUAUCACAUGCACCGAAUAAUACCAUCAAGAAGCCAAAGCCAGAAAUGAAACCAAUACCAACACCGACACCGUCUAUCAACACCGCUGGAAACAAAACAAAACCGUCACCAUCACCGUUUAAGCCCAAACCAAGGAGAAGAAUGCUUUUUGAUGAUUUCGACGAGCUUCCAGAGCCCGCAUCCAAUAUUUCCAUGCAAGAACAGAAAAGAAAAUCGUCGUCGUCGAUAGAAAAGAGUGCAAGUGGACGUGAGGAGAGCAAGAAAAAGUCGCGGCUGAAUGAAGUGCCAAUGUUCGUGCUAUGA